AUGACACGAAGGCGCGACGAGGCCGCUCGCCCUCGUCGCGAAGCCGACGGCGGCCGCCUGUCCAUCGACGAUGCUGAUGCCGAGACGAGACGGGGAGUCGACGACGAAGCGUUGAAUGACCGCAACUCUCCCGCUCCGCCGACGCACGGUGAGAACCCCCCGAGGACAAACACCGAUGCCGCCCGCUCCGACGGACCGCGCCGUCGAGAUUCCUACCCGCCGAGGAGAAGAUCGCUUGUGGAAUCGAGCGCGAGGAGGAGACAUGACCAGUAUGAGCUGCAGACGAUACCGUCGAGAAGCGUGGCCGAGCCGACGGACCCGACGGCGGCCGGUGCGGGCAGCGAUGGAUCGCCUGGACACGACCAUUUGGCCGCCGACCCGACCGGGACGGAGAAGGCGUCCGUGUCCAACAGGAUCAAGUCGUCGGUGCUGGACCGAACGACGGGGAAGGCGGCGAAAAAGCAGGCGCGGGCGAGCUGGGGAGAACGGGCCAAGGACCGAGCGGCCGCCAUCUACCAGCAGGUCGUCAUCGAGGGCCUCCUGCGACGGAAACCCCUUCCGCCUACGCGGGACGGCCGUCAUCUUCCGCUCAACCCGUCCUUCGACCUCAUCGAUGAGAGGAGCGACAAGCCCUACGUCGACAACUUCAUCCGAUCCAGCAGGUACACCAUCUACGAUUUCGUCCCCAAGCAGCUCGUCUUUCAGUUCAGCAAGCUCGGCAACUUCUACUUUCUCAUCAUGGGCAUCCUGCAGCUCAUACCCGGCCUGAGCACCGUUGGACGAUGGACGACCAUCGUGCCUCUGAGCAUCUUCGUCGCCUUCAGCAUGGCCAAGGAAGGCUACGACGACUACCGACGGUACCGGCUCGACAAGUCGGAAAACCGCAGCCUCGCCGCCGUUAUGAUCCGCCAUCGACGCGAGCCAUCGACCAAGGCAGCGUCGACCACCCGUUGGAGGCAGGCGGCCGAGGGGAAACGGGCAGCUGAUGGUGAGGGGAUCGUCGGAAGCCACCGAGCGAGCGUGGACGAGAACAAUGACUGGCGAUCGGUCCGGUGGCAAGACCUUUGCGUCGGCGACGUCGUUCGUCUGCGCCGCGACCAGUCCGUGCCGGCCGACCUCGUCCUCCUACACGCGACCGGCCCAAACGGCGUCGCCUACAUCGAGACCAUGGCCCUCGACGGCGAGACCAACCUCAAGAGCAAGCAGGCCUGUCCGCUCCUCGCCGGGCGCUGCCGCACCCUCGACGGCAUCCGCUCCGCCGACGCCACCGUCGUUUCCGAAGACCCCAACAUUGACCUCUACAGCUACGACGGAAGGGUGACGGUCGACGGCGAAACUCUCCCCCUGUCCCUCAACAACGUCGUCUAUCGCGGCUCGACGCUGCGCAACACGACCGAGGCCGUCGGCCUCGUCGUCAACACGGGCGAGGAAUGCAAGAUUCGCAUGAACGCGAACAAGAACGUGCACGCCAAGAAGCCGGCGAUGCAAGCCAUCAUCAACAAGAUGGUCCUCUUCCAAAUCUUCAUCGUCAUGGCCCUCGCCGGCGGGAUGACGGGUGGCUAUUACAUGUGGGAGGAGCACACCGAGGAGAGGUCCUUCUACCUCGUCACGCGGCGGAAAUACGACGCGAGCGUGCCCUUCAGGGAGAUCUUCUUCGGCUACCUCAUCAUGUUCAACACGCUGAUCCCCCUCUCCCUUUACAUCAGCCUCGAAAUCGUCAAGAUCGGCCAGCUCAUCCUCAUGCAGGACGCCGACAUGUACGAUGCCACCUCCGACACGCCCAUGGUCGCCAACACGACGACCAUUUUGGAAAAUUUAGGCCAGGUCAGCUACAUCUUCUCCGACAAGACGGGCACCUUGACCGAGAACAUGAUGCGUUUCCGAAAGCUGAGCGUCGCCGGCGUCGCCUGUCUGCACGACAUGGACGUGCAGCGAGAUGAGGCGUCCAAGCCCAACAAGGCAGCCUCGGAGCGGGCACUAGGAGGGGUGUUGGGCGAGGAAAAGGCCAAGUCGGCGUCGGCGCCCCGUGGUGCAAAGACCUUAGGAGACGAUGACGAUGACGACGAUGACGACGAUGACGUCCACAGGUUGACACGUCCGAGCCGGCCAUUCUCCAUCGGCUCGGCAUCGCACUGGCGGUCCUCCGUCCAUCCCAACGAGGAGCCCGAGAUGAAGACCGAGGAACUUCUCGAAUACCUCCGCCAGAAGCCCAACACGACCUUCUCGCGCAAGGCGAAGCACUUCCUGCUCUGCAUCGCCCUGUGCCACACCUGUCUCCCGGAGAUCAAGGACGACGGUGAGAUUGCCUUCCAGGCGGCGUCUCCCGACGAGCUCGCCCUCGUCGAGGCGGCGCGCGAUUUGGGCCUCAUGCUCGUCGAUCGUCCUGCCCAGUCCAUCAAGCUGCAGAGCCGUGACGGCGACGGCAACUUGCAGGUGGAGACGUACCAGGUCCUCGACGUGAUCGAGUUCAGCAGCAAGAGGAAGCGCAUGUCCAUCAUCAUCCGGAUGCCCGACGGCCGCCUGUGCAUCUUCUGCAAGGGCGCCGACAACGUCAUCAUGUCGCGCCUCAAGCUGAGCCACCUGGCCGAGCAGAAACAAAAGGAUGUCAGCCGCAGGGCGAGCAUUCGCAAGACGUUCGAGCAGGACAUGGCCUUGCGCCGCAUGAGCGAGCACGGAACGGGUGCGACGCCGCGGACGAGUUUCGCCCUGCGCCGGUCGACCGAUCUCUCGAGGAUGUCACUCAGCGAGGGUGUUGCCUCCUUGCUCCCGAAACGGCAGCCGGAGGAGACGAUGCCGCUUCGGAAGUCGACGGACCUGCUGCAGAGGCAAAGUCCUCGUCAAAGUCUAAGCAGAAUACCAUCCCUCGACCUCCGGAGCGGCGCACGGGGGCGCGGCCUAGUGGACGAAACGAUGGCGGCGAACGAGGCGGCCGUAUUCGAGCGGUGCUUUCGACACAUCGACGACUUUGCCACCGAGGGCCUGCGAACGCUGCUGUACGCCUUCCGGUACCUCGAUGAGGACGUGUACGCCGAGUGGAAGGAGUUGCACCGCAAGGCCGAGACGAGCCUGGUCAAUCGCCAGCAGCUGAUCGAGGAGGCCGGCGACGAGAUCGAAAAAGGUUUUGAGCUCGCCGGCGCGACGGCGAUCGAGGACAAGCUGCAGGAGGGCGUGCCGGAGACGAUCGACAAGCUGCGACGAGCCAACAUCAAGGUCUGGAUGCUCACGGGCGACAAGCGGGAGACGGCCAUCAACAUCGGCCACUCGGCCCGUCUCUGCAAGCCCUUCUCGGAGCUGUACAUAUUGGACGCGACGCAGGAAAACGUGCGGGACAAGAUGACGGCGACGUUGAACGAGGUCGGCCGCGGCAUGGUGCCGCACUCGGUCCUCGUCGUCGACGGCCAGACGUUGGCAGCCAUCGACGGCGACAUCGACUUGAUGAUGCUCUUCCACGAUCUCGUCGUCCGCGUCGAUUCGGUCAUCUGCUGCCGCGCCUCGCCGUCUCAGAAGGCGAAGCUCGUGCACUCGAUCCGUCGUCGGGUCCCGAAGAGCAUGACACUCGCCAUCGGCGACGGCGCCAACGACAUCGGUAUGAUCCAGGCCUCGCACGUCGGCAUCGGCAUCUCCGGACGCGAGGGUCUCCAAGCGGCCCGAAUCUCGGACUACUCUAUCGCCCAGUUUCGCUUCCUGCAGAAGCUACUCUUCGUCCAUGGCCGGUGGAACUACCUGCGAACGGGCAAGUACGUACUGGCGACGUUCUGGAAGGAGGUCAUCUUCUUCCUCGUCCAGGCACACUUCCAGCGGCAGAACGGAUACUCGGGCACAUCCCUCUUCGAGUCGUGGAGCUUGACGGUGUUUAACAGCGCCUUCACCUCCCUUCCCGUCAUCCUGCUCGGCAUCUUCGAGAAGGACUUGUCGGCCUCGACGCUGCUGGCGGUGCCGGAGCUGUACACCUUUGGCCAGCGGGACGAAGGGUUCAACUACGGCCAGUACUUUGGCUGGGUCGUCAUGGGCAUCAUCGGUAGCGUCAUCAUAUUCUUCACCAUGUACGGCGCCUACAUCCAGGCGCUCUUUACGAACGACGCGAGCUUGUUCGCAAUGGGCGACAUUUCCUUCACCGUUGCCGUUGUUUUCAUCAACAUUAAACUCUUGAUCCUCGAGCUACACUGCAAGACCGUCGUCACAUUCGGCGGCUUUCUCGUCUCGGUUGCCGGCUGGUUCUCCUUCAACAUGCUCAUCUCCGCCGUGUACCAGCUCAAGACGGGUCCGUACAUUGUCAGGCACGGGUUCCUGCACAAUUUCGGCCAGGACCUGCUAUGGUGGGCGACGGUGCUGGUUGGCCUGGCCAUGCUUCUCGUGCUCGAGCUCGUCGUGCAGAGCAUCCGUCGGGUGUACUGGCCGACGGACCAGGAUCUGAUGCAGCGAGUGGAAAAGGACGGCAAGAUGAAGAGCUUGCUGGAGAUGAUGGCCGUCGAGGCUGAAGAUGGGUGCGACGGGGCGGACGUUGCCAUGGGCGAAGCGGACAACAGCGGCGGCGAGGACGGGAUAAGCGGUCCGAAGAUGAGGACGAGCGACUAUUCGCAGAGGCCGAGUCGAGAUGGCUUAUGGUCAUCCAGGCGUGGCCCACCGGUCGACGACGGGGGCCACCCGUCUGGGAUGGCGCGGGUCGGGAGAUGA